GCUGCCGUCGUCUGAACCACCAACUACCACUUGCCUACCGUUCCACACCUUUCCAAUUGUCCUUGCAAACUUCCUGGACCAUGGCGGACUCUCAGACUGUGGGCUCUGCCACACCGAAACGAUCGCGCGACGAGUUCGAGAAGGACGGAGCAGUCACUAAUCCUGGAGACGAUGACGACGCAUCCUCCUCAGACGACGACGAUGACUUUGGCCCCGCCCCCCUCGCUGCGACCGCACCGCCAAAGAAGAAGCGCAAACUGCCCUACCAGAAGCUCUACGUUGCCGCCCUGCCCAGCUCAGCCCGCUACUCGCGCUCGCUCAUGCACCGCGACCAGCUCUCCUUCCUCACCCUGACCCCGCACUCCGACUUCCUCAUCACCAGCUCCGUCGACGGCAUCGUCAAGUUCUGGAAGAAGACGCCCGGCGCGCUCGAGUUUGUCAAGGAGUUCCGGAGCCAUGUGGGCGAGAUCAGGGCCGUGAGCGUGAGCGUGGAUGGGCGCAGCUAUGCGACGUGUGGUGCGGAUAGGAGUGUCAAGAUCUUUGAUGUCGCGACGUUUGAUCUGCUUGCCAUGUUGAAGCUCGAGUAUGUGCCUGGGUGUGUGUGCUGGGUGCAUGGGGGAAAGGGGGCGAGGUUUCCGCUGCUUGCGGUGGCGGAUGCGGAGAGUGCCGUGGUGAGGAUAUAUGAUGGGCGGGGCGAGAAUCUGGAGCCGCUGCAUGUGAUUGGGAGUUUGCAUAGGAAGCCUGUGACGCUGAUGGCGUAUAAUAAGGAGUACGACUGUGUUGUCUCGGCGGACGAGGGGGGCAUGCUCGAGUACUGGCGGCCGAGCGGCAGCUACGAGAAGCCCGAGAGCGUGUGGCAGAUGAAGAGCGCGACGAACCUGUUUGAGUUCAAGAAGGCCAAAGCCGUGCCGACGUCGCUGACGAUAUCCCCCACCGGCACCCAAUUCGCCACAUUCUCCUUUCCCGACCGCAAGGUGCGCGUCUUCGACUUUGCAACCGGCAAGCUGCUCAGGACAUACGACGAGUCGAUCCAGACGAUCGAGGAAAUGCAACAAGCCGGCACGGCCGCCGCGCGCAUCGACGACAUCGAAUUCGCCCGACGCAUCGCCGUGGAGCGCGACCUCGACCAGCCCGCCGUCCGAACCCGGCUCAACGUCGUCUUUGACGAAACAGGCCACUUUAUCCUCUACGGCUCGCUGUACGGCGUCAAGGUCGUCAACACGCUCACAAACAGGGUCAUGAAGCUGUACGGCAAAGACGAGCCCUUUCGCGCCCUCAACCUCGCCCUCUACCAGGGGCAACCAGACAAGAAAGCCGUCGUCACCGUUGAAAUGGCCGCGUCCGAGAAUCCGCUCCUCCAGGAAGCCGAGGCGCGAGACGCCAUGCUCGCCGCUACAGGCGCCGGCAAAGUGCGCUUCUACAUGUUUACCAACGUCUCCGAAAUAACAAAAUCAACCCGCGACAUCCAAAACGAGAAACCCACCCCGCAAUCCGCCCUGUCCCUGUCCCUGUCCAAACUCCCCACAACCCAACCCCCACAAACAGGCACAACCGCAAUCCUCCACACCACCCUCGGCGACAUCACCCUCCUCCUCAACCCCCUCGCCGCCCCCCUCGCCGUCGAGAACUUCACCACCCACGCCCGAAACACAUACUACAACAACACGCCCUUCCACCGCAUCAUCCCCAAAUUCAUGAUCCAGACCGGCGACCCCCUCGGCGACGGCACCGGCGGCGAAUCCAUCUGGGCCGGCCCACCACAUAAUAAACCCUACUUCAGAGACGAGAUUGCCCUUGAUGUGCUGCGCCAUGAUCGGCCGUAUACGGUUAGUAUGGCCAAUUCCGGGCCGGAUUCGAAUGGGAGUCAGUUUUUUAUUACGACGGGUAAGGCCGAGUGGUUGGAUGGGAAGCAUACUGCUUUUGGGAGGGCGGUUGCGGGCUUGGAUGUUGUGCAUCGGAUUGAGGGGGUGAGGUGUUGGAGGGAGAGGCCGGAGGUUGAUGUGCGGAUUGUGGAUGUGGAGAUUUUGUAGGGCUUGCUUGCUUGGAGAAGGGGGG